AGUUCUUGGGGAUGGAGGAGACCCGGAGCAGUAGAUCAGGCUCCGGAGCGAAGGGGCGGCGGCGGCAGCAGUUGACCGUAUUACUGCACUACUUUCAGGAUUCCAAGAGCCAUGUUGUCCAAAGUCCUACUGGUGUCUUCUCCAGGGAAAGUCAUCCUUCAUGGAGAACAUGCUGUGGUCCAUGGCAAGGUAGCACUGGCAGUGGCCUUGAACUUGAGAACAUUCCUCCGGCUUCAACCCCAAAGCAAUGGGAAAGUAAGCCUCAACUUACCAAACAUUGGGGUCGCACAGGCCUGGGAUGUGGCCAGGCUUCAGCUGUUGGACACAAGCUUCAUGGAGCAAGAUGACGUCACGGUGCCCGUCGCAGAGCAAGUGGAGAAGCUGAAGGAGGUGGCAGACUUCCCUGAGAACUGGGCCGCCACCGAGCCCCUGGCGGUGCUGGCCUUCCUAUACCUGUACCUGGCCAUCUGUCGGAGGCAGAGGGCCCUGCCAAGCCUGGACAUCACGGUGUGGUCGGAGCUGCCCCCCGGGGCCGGCCUGGGCUCCAGCGCCGCGUACUCGGUGUGUCUGGCGGCCGCCCUGCUGACCGCAUGUGAGGACAUCCCCAACCCGCUGGAGGACAGCACGCACACCAGCAGGUGGUCCGAGGAGAACCUGCAGCUCAUCAACAAGUGGGCCUUCCAGGGGGAGAGGGUGAUCCACGGGAACCCCUCGGGAGUGGACAACGCCGUCAGCACGUGGGGGGGAGCCCUCCGCUACCAGCAGGGGAAGAUCUCGUCCCUGGACAGGCCCCCAGCUCUCCAGAUCCUGCUCACCAACACCAAGGUCCCACGAAGCACCAAGGCCCUGGUUGCUGGAGUCAGGAACAGGCUGAUCAAGUUCCCAGACAUCGUGGAGCCCCUCCUGACCUCCGUGGACGCCAUAUCCGCGGAGUGCGAGCGCGUGCUGGCAGAGAUGGCCUCGGCGCCGGCCCCCGAGCAGUACCUCCUGCUGGAAGAGCUCAUCGACAUGAACCAGCACCACCUGAACGCCCUGGGCGUGGGCCACGCCUCCCUGGACCAGCUCUGCCGCGUGACUGCGGCGCAUGGACUGCACAGCAAGCUCACGGGGGCAGGCGGCGGUGGCUGCGGCAUCACGCUCCUCAGGCCAGAUCUGGAGCAGGACGAGGUGGAGGCCACAAAGCAGGCCCUGGCCGCCUGUGGGUUCGACUGCUGGGAGACCAGCAUCGGUGCCCCUGGAGUCUCCGUCCACUCGGCCACCUCUCUGGAGGGACGUGUCCGGCAAGGCCUGGGCAUCCUCUGAGAGGGGCCCCAACUCCACCGCUCUGCAGAGAAGCCCCCYGGGAUUUCUGCUGGAGCCACAGUCAGCCUCUGGGCAGCCCCACAGCGUCCUCCAGCUCCUGACUUGACCGGAGGCUCCAGCCUCCACGAAGCCUCUGCUGGCCACCACCUGCCUCCCCUCCAGCCGCCAGGAGGGGCCAGGAGCGGCCGCUGAGGCCUCCUCCCGGGGUCCCACUCCCAUGGAUCCAUCUGCCCGGGCCACACCUUCACCCUUGGACACCCCAGCGCUGGGCCAGAAGUGGGGCUGGGGUGUGGAGCCCGGCCCCAGGGGGCACCUCCUGUCUCCUCUGUCUCCCUCCGCCUCCUCCAGGAAGCCCUCCGGCCUGGUGGGCUGUCUGCACCUUCCAGGCAUUGGAAUGGGCCGCCUGUGCCCCCUGCCCUCGGGGACAGCUGGCUGGACUUGCCUGGGGCCAGCUGGUGGUGUCCACCUCCUGCCCCAGGCUAGGGCUAGCCGUGUGAGUGGUGUGCAGCGUCCCCCAGUCUGGGGGCCUCGGGCAGGAGAUAGCUGCGGGGAGGUAACAGACUCCGACAGUUUCAUGAGGCUCCGCAGACCCCUGGGCUUCCCAGCUGUGCUCAGUGGAGCGUCCCAGGAGGGAAGGAAGAGGGGCCUGGUCACCGGGCUGUGUCUCAGGGACGGUGGGUUUCCCAGGUGGCCCUUGCUGCACAGGGACGGGGUGUGUCCGCCGACACGGGACACUGUCCGCUACUGGGAUACUAUCCGCUGGCACAGCCCCAGCUGCUGUCUGGCAGGGAAUGUCAAGUUCCUGGCCCCGGGUCACGAGCACCCAGCAGUGCAGUGUCGUGGGCCUCGGGCAGGGAGAACCGCAGCAGCCGCUGGGUCAGGCGCAGCUUCUGAGAUCAGCCCCCGGGCAGAGUGGACGCACCCCAGCCGCCCUGGCUGGCCCCUCCCGGCCCUGGGUGAGCUCGGUCCCCAGGCAACGUGGCUGAUCCACAGAAGGCCCUGGAGCACCAGGCAUGGAGGUGCACACCUGUGACACCAGAGACUGGGGAGGCCCAGGCAGGGUCACAAGUUCAAGGGCAG